AAACCCUCGCGGCCGCCCCAAUCCCCCGGCCCGGCGUCCACCGGCCCUACGCGCUGCGCCGCCGCCCCCGCCUCUUCCGGCUGCCGCUGCCCCCGCUUCCUUCCGGCGCCCCGUCGGGCCGCCUCCUCCGCCGCGCCGCGGACCCGCCUCCUCCUGGUGGACCCCCCCCCGCACAGCGAGCUGGAAGUUCGGAGCGCCACCACCGCUCCCUUCUCCGGCGACCCCUCCCGCACGGCGAGCCGGAUGCAGUUGAUCCCCGGGGCUUGGGCUGUUCACCCCAUCCGGCGAGCAUGGCCGUCUCCUGCCACCCCCAAUAGAUGCGACCCCGCGGGUCCGAUGGAGGCUCUCGCCGGGGAGGCGGUGCUGCUCCGGCAAGCUCCUUCUUCCUCGAGCACGACCGUCUCCAGACGCCUUCAAACAGCCGCGACCCGCCCGAUUCGACGGAUGCUAACGCGUGGGAGCGGUGCUACUCUGGUGGUCUCCUUCGUCCUCGAGUGCGGCACGUCGACAACAACCUCCUUGUUGUCGUUCCCUCCUUCAUCCCCGAGCACAACUCCGACGAGCCUGUCGACAGGUUGUUGGCUAGCUGAAGAUCCAAGAGCCAUCUUUCUUAUUGGCAGUGGACGCAAUAGUGGGCACAGUGGUGGCGUUCAUGCAGCCGCCCACGCGGUCAGAACAUGAAGAGUUGGUCGAACACAAAAAUGUUACCGUCGUAGAGGCCCUGUAGGUCUCUCCAUUCAGUGCCUCUUGUGAAGUGACUUCACAAAUUUUAUCUUGUAUAAAGUGAUUCUGAACCUGUGGAACUGGUGAUCACAUAUCUAUAUCCCCCAAGCAGCUGUGCGGUGUGGGUGCUCAAUUUGGCUACAAAUUUUGCUAUAAUUUCUGAAGUGUUUCUGUGUUGUUGCUAUGCGGUGAAUUGUGGCAGUUUCGACGUUGACUACAGUUAACAUAUAGUAGAAAAACACUUUCUUUGUAGCGUAUGUGUUCCACUGAGAAAGCAAAAGAGUUGGGUUCAGUCUGAAAAAGUACGUCAGUUCAUUCACCAUAUUGUGUUACCUCUGAACCAGAGAGUAAAUCACACAAAUAUAGCUCCUUUACUCUGCAGGUACGAACUUGACCGGCUUACCUUGCUCUAUUAUUGUUUGUUUCUGGACAAGUAACUCACCCAGUAUGCUUCCUUUUGAGACUAAUCAACUUCUUUUGAUAAUUCUUGGACAGGUUUGUCAUACAUUCAACAUUGGUGGCUUUUGUGCUAUUCUGCUUGAGAAAAAUGAUAUUUGGGGAACUUCGCUAGUAGUAGACACAGAGUGUGCUUUUAAAUACCUACAGAGCAUCAUGUCAUUUAUAAUUGUUUGAAAUGCUAUGCAUAUCCGUUAUGGCGGCAAAAAUACGCAUGGAUGACUAGCAGAAGUUCAUAAAGAGUUGUCAUAUUAAUCUUGAGAGUUCAGAUAAUUGUAUUUUGGGCAGCUGGAAUAUGAUGGCUCAAGCUUGUAAAAGGAUAUUCAGAAGUUCAAAGU